GCACGAACUAUAAAUAAAUAUGAUUAAAUAAAAUAAAUGUCAUGUUAAAGAAGUGUGUGUCAAAAUUUUGUGUUGAUGAACAAUGAUUCAUUUAUUAAAAAUGUUUCAAAGCUUUUACAGAACAAAUGGAAAAACAUUAUUAAGAUUAAGAACACAAAGAUUGAAUCAAAACUGUACUUUUAUUAGUGGAUUUGAUAAUAUGAAGGUCACCAUUGUUGGAGGGGCAGGUAAAAUUGGAAAAGCGGUUACUCUUAUGUUGAAACAGUCUCCUUUGAUAGAUGAAAUUUGUUUGUACGAUAUAAAAAACACAGAAGGAAUAGCUGGAGAAUUGAACCAUAUUGAUACAAAUUGUAAAGUUACUGGAUUUUGGGGAAAACAUCAGAUUGGCCGAGCUCUUAUUGGUUCUAAACUGGUAGUUAUACUAGUAUCUGCCCCUCAAUGUAAUGAUUUAAGUUUAUCCCAAGACUGGAAUCACAGUGCGAAAAUUGUUCAAGAAGUGGUUAAUGAUAUUUACAAAUAUUCACCUAAGGCUUUUUUGGCAAUCGGAACCAACCCCAUAAACAGUACGGUACCUUUAGCAUGUGCACUAAUGAAGAAAAAUGGCAUAUACAAUCCGAACACAAUUUUUGGCAUCACUACUCUGGAUGCAGUAAGAGCUAAUACAUUCGUUGCCCGAGUACUGUGCAUUGAACCAGAACGAGUACAAGUUCCAGUCAUAGGUGGCCAUACUGAAGAUACUAUAGUACCUGUUUUAAGUCAUACCAAACCUAGUGCUGAAUUUACUAAUGAAGAACUGGAAAAUAUAACCUAUAACGUAAAAACUGCUCAUGAUCAUAUGCUAUCUUUAAACCCAGCGGAAAGUGCGCCUCUAGCAAGUGCCUUUGCUUGUGCUCGCUUUAUAAUAUCUCUUGUAAAAGCAAUGAAAGGUUACAAAGACAUUAUAGAAUGCGCUUAUGUUCCUUCUAAAGUACAUCCUGAUGUUAAGUACCUCUCCACGCCACUUCUACUUGGUCCAUAUGGUAUUUCGAAAAAUUUGGGGAUUCCCAGAUUGUCUGAAUAUGAACGCUGUAUUCUAGAUAAUGCCGUAAACUGUUUGAAAGACGAUAUAAGCGAAGGUGAAAAAUUAGCUAGAGCAACUUGAUAAGAAAAAAGACUAAAAAUGAUCAUAGUAAUUUUGUAGAAUUGUUAUGAAUAAAAAAAAUUAUUUUA